CGGCGGCUGCGGCGGCGCGUACUGCGAGGACGAGGUGAAUGCACGGCGGCCGCGGUGUGUGCCAGUGCUGGUGUGCGCGCUCGUCGCCCGUGGAAACCCGCCAAAACCCGCGGCCGCGAACAACCACCGCCACUACCACCAACGGCAGCACCACCAACAACAACAACAACAACAACGACCGCGACGAUAUCGACAUCGUCGCUCGGGAUCGGAGUAUCUCCUCGGGUGCCGGCAGCGACGACGACGACGGCGGCGACGGUGGUAGUAGCUACGAGAGGGAACCGAGCCUGAGCAGUGACAACAAUAAAAGCGUCAGUUGCGUCGCAAACAUCCGUCGUGUUACAAGUGGUGCAUCACUACGACGACGACGACGUUGUUGUUGUUGUCGUCGUCGUCAUCAUCAUCAUCGUCACUAUCAUCAGCAUCAUUAUCACCACCACCACCAUCACCACCACCACCAUUAUCAUUGUCGCGUGGUCGCAUCGACGACGUUGUCUCGACGUAUCAGUGCGUCGCGUCGAUUUCUUCGCGGUGUCGCCGGUUAGUUUGGCCUGGAGUCCGAGAGAAGAGGAACAGAGGACGAGAGGAAGUUCGUUCGUGUGACAAGGACGACGACAACGGCAGCAGUGGUGGCUACUGCCCGGCUCAUACGUCGCUGACGACGACGGCGGCGGCGGCGGCUGCGUUCUGUUAUUAUUUUGCCGCGGUGCUUUUGACCCUUCGUACCGGGCGAGUUCAUUGCGGCGCUGUCGCGGGGGUGUCAGCCGGUAGUAAUACAUCCACCGCGCUCUCUACCGUGUAUCAUCCUCCUCCUCCUCCACCUCCGUCCGUCCGUGCGUCCGUAGCAGCGCCGGCGUCGACAAAACGGCCGCCUCGUGAUCGAGAGGACACGAUAGCGGAGGAUCGGGGCGCGUCCUUAAGAAGGCCGCUCGUCGGUCUCGCGACCUCCGCGAGCGACCCCGCGAGGACAUCUCUUCGGCGACGGCGGCGUCGUCGUCGUCGUCGUCGUCGUCGUGAUCGUGGUCGUGGUCGCGGUCGUGACCGGGAGACGAUCGGCGAAAUCGCCGCGCGUGGACCACGUGAUACACAUCGGCGCGACAGUGACGGUCAGUCAGCAGUCGUCCGCGAGGAGCCGCGCGUCAUGCGGUGCACACACCACGUUCGCCGAUAAGCCGGCGCGCGUUCGUUCUUCCGUCGCGUCGUUAGUUGACCAUUCGUCUAGCCGGAGGGAAAAUUGAAGGGGAGUGUGCUCCGACGCCGAUACAAGUACGGAUACACCGCUCGCCGUUGGCUUCGGUGAAAUAUUCUCGCGGAGGAGACGGUGCGCGUGUGAGAAACAACAACGACGACGAGGAGAAAAGAGAGAGAGAGAGAGAGAGAGAGAGAGAGAGAGAGAGAGAGAGA